AUGGCGGUAAAAUGGAUCUGGAACCAUUUUGAUGCAGGUGUCGGAACAUUCUGGUCUGCUGUGGCAAGCAUAUUGCCGUUGAUGAGACGCCUCGUCCCGCCAGAGGGUGUACGUGAACUCGAUCGAGUCUCUCUGGAGCUCAAAGCCAAAAUACGAGGAAAGCUCAGAAAGACGCUGCGGGAUUGGCCGCUGAAUUCUCGGCCUAGCAUGACUCUGAUCUAUCAGGUCAAAGCGUUGUUUCGUGAAGUCACAACGAGCGGAGAUAAGCACAGCGCCAGUAUCCACGCGAAAGGUCUGUUCUGGCUUGCCGAGAAACUGCCCAUCAGAGAGUGCCAGGGCGGUGAAGAUGUGCUCAACUGGAUGCCUCAGAUAAUCGCCACCACCUGGAAUUCUGCGAAAUCGGUGCUUCCCACUUAUCACAAGGCCCAUAUUUUCCUCCCUGGAAGCGUGCUCAGUCCUCAGCCUCGAGAGGCGUUCCGUCACAUCCCCCGAGCCCUGAACAUCGGCAAGAUUUCGAUGCCUCCUAGCUGGAGACGAGCACCUCAGAUGCUUGCGCACAGUUGA